AUGCAAGGUUUGAGUGGUAGAAUGGCCUAUAAAAAGUUAUUUUAUAAUACCAUUUAUCGGGGAUUCUCUGUCAAUUCACAUGGCAAAUUUACCAAACCAAAACCAUCUAAUGAUCUUGUUACUGAAGGAUCAGAGAAGUCAAUCAAAUCAUUUCAAAUCACUAAGGAUCAAAGACUUAUAUUAGCAAAUAAAGACGAGUUGGAAUUGUUUAAUAGACAUGAAAUGCUCCCAAGUAGGCCUAUUGAUGUCGAAAAUUCUGUUAUUGUUAGACUAGUUAAAUUGUCAGACCCAGUAACGUCUCCUAUUGGAUCUGCUCUUUUGUGUUCACAAUAUGGGCUAAAAAAGGGCGAAUCGCUAACUUUUACACUAAUGUGCCUAACAAGUAUUUCAAUAUUAAUUACCCUUGGCUUUUGGCAAUUGGAUAGGAGUAAGUGGAAAGCGGAAACUAUAACUUAUAGACAAUUGAACUUAUCAUUGCCUAUGAUAUAUAUAAAUGGUUUAAGUAAUUUGUCUGACUGUUCUUAUCGAAUUGUAGAAGCUUCUGGAGUUUUGGAUGUUAAAAAUGAGUUCUAUGUAGGGCCCAGGUCUUCGUUAAAGGGUGAUGGUGAAACUGGAUUCCUGGUAGUAUGUCCAUUAAGAUUUAAUGAUGGUUCUUGUAUAAUAGUUAACCGUGGUUGGAUAGCUAAGGAUUUUAUUGAGGGCAGAAGGAGGGAUGAUGAGAUACCAGAAUGGGUCACAGUGAGGGGUGUAAUUACCGGAGGAGAGCUGGUGGACAACCCCAUUGGCAUGGCCAAGAACUCCAUUUUUAAGUUCAAAAAUAGUCCAUUUAGAAGGAACUCAAAGUUAUUUAUGUAUUUAGAUCCUAGUGACAUUGGUGAUCAUAUAAUAUCUAAAUACCCUGAUGAAGCUAAACAGGUAGUACUAAAUGCAUAUGACAUCAUGUAUCAUGAUGACCAACCGAUGGAUCCACUUGAGGCUAAAUCGAAGUUUUUAGGAUCCAAAUUUGGCAAUGUUAUAUCGGGAAAUUUUAAGGAUAUUGUGCCAAUUCCUGAGUUUUACAAACCCACUCUAAAUUUGUCUAACCAGGAUCAUCACAUACCUAAGAAUUGCACCGAUGAUAAUAAAGUGAUUCAAAGCAAAAAAAAUGAAAAGCGCCGCCGUUAUACACAAUACUUCCAAACAAAAUCAAAAACUGAUUACUUGACAUUCUAUGCCGAUGAACACACACAUGUGAAUUACGCCAUUCAAUGGUUUCUCAUGGCAGCUUCAUUAUCCACAAUGAUGGUGUAUAAAUUAGUCAGUAUUAGAAAGCUGAGAAGGUUUAUACAAACUAGAAUAGGUGAUAGACACAUUGUUGACAAUGCUAGGGUUGAUUAA